UUGGACGAGACCACUCUGAGAAUUGCCAUUCUGUGAGGGAAAUGGGUCUCCCAACAAUUCCUGGCACCCUGAAGAGACUACAGUUCCCAGGAUCCUUUGGGGGGAAACCCUGACUGUCAAAAGUGGUACCAUAGUGCUUUAAAACCAUCCCUCUGGACCAGACUUUGCAAAGCCCCAGGGGGAGGAGGAGGCUGCUUCGCAAAGGCAGGCAAGCAGGCAGCGGGGGCUUCUCUUCAGAGCAGGGGGUGCUCACUCCCUGAGAGAUGGGAGGCCCUUCCUCUCUCAGCACAGCCUCAGCGCUGUUGCUAUGGGAGCCCUAGCAACCAUUUGCAGCCUCUGGGGCAAGGGUGAGAAUGGAAGCCAGCUCCAAGGACAGAAGUGCAGAGGCAGCCUUUGCGAUGGAGAGCUCAAACCAACUUUGGCUGGAGAGGCUGUUUCCUCCUCAUUUUAGCAAGGUAGAUUUCUUCAGUGGGUCCCAUCAGCCAGAACCUCUGAUUUGUGAAAAGUUUGCUUUGGAGAGGGCAAGAAGGACUGAGCAAAUCUACAACAAAACGGCUAAGGCCAGUUUUCAUGAGGAUCAACAGUUCCAAAGGAAAGGAUCUCCCUCCAAACUCCUUGUGAGCGAGCAGGAGUUGAACUUAUGGGGAAGAAAGAGAGAAAGAGAGAAAAUUCAAGACUUCCGGGUUAGCGCCAUCGGCGAAUGGUGGAGUUUCUCUGAUGGGAGGAACUGGCUCCGUGGAAACUGGGUCUUCCCGCCGUGGCGAAGGUGGGGGCCCGCUAGAAAUCCCAGGUGGAGGAAGCCUGGGAACGUGGGGUUCGGCAGGGCACCAGGAGAGCCUCCCCUACUUGCGGGGAAUCCCAUUUUGGGGCUCCGGAGCGAAGUGGGAAAAGGUUGUUACUGUGGAAGCGAAGGUAAAAAUAUCUCUUUAAAGAUUCAGGUGUCCCUUCUCAAGGCGGAGCUGGUGGAACUUAAAGCCAAAUACAAAACAUUAGUGGCAGAAUCUGAACAAGCGAUGCAAGAGCUGAGCGACUACAGAACAGAAGCUUGGUGUAAAACUGGCUGGCUGGAGCAGAUUCAAAGGCAAAGAUUCGAAAGAGAUUCCAAGAUUGAAGUGUUUAAACAAGGCCUACUUGAGAAAUCAGACAGCAUCAGAAGUUUAAAGGAGGAACUGAAACAAAGAAGAGGAGAAGUCACGCAUUUAAAGUUGCAGAAGAAGGAUUUACAAGAAGAGUUAGAGGAAUUCAGAGAGCGGCAAGAUUUUCAAAACAAGUUACUCACAGAAAACAUGAAGCUCUGUCAUGAUAUGGAAAUGAGAAAAAUACAAAAAGAGCUGGAGGAUGCUAAAGGAGAGCUGGAUGCAGAGAAAGCCUUGAAUACAAAGAGUGCUAAAGAUCUAGAGAUGCUGAAAAUACACUUGAAAAUUCACAUGAUUUACUUCAAAAUUUGAGAAUUUGUUUUAUUUAAUGCAAAUUCAAAUUAAAAGAUUUAUUUUAGUUAA